GGUGGAUGUGAGGCGCAGUCUCAUCACAGUCACCGCCGCCGUCAGCAUCAUCUGAGGUGUGUCUGCGCCGCCGGAGCUGCAGACAGACAGAAAGGACCAACAGAAAAACAUCCUGUUCCUCUCUUUACACCGACCAUGGCGUCAAAAUGUCCAAAAUGCGAGAAAACAGUGUAUUUCGCGGAGAAAGUGUCAUCUUUAGGGAAAGACUGGCACAAGUUCUGUCUAAAAUGUGAGCGCUGCAACAAAACUCUGAAUCCGGGAGGCCAUGCUGAGCAUGAUGGAAAGCCUUAUUGCCACAAGCCAUGCUACGCCACCCUCUUUGGACCAAAAGGUGUAAACAUCGGUGGAGCUGGAUCCUACGUGUACGACAAUCCUGUCAACGAAGCCCCUGCAGCCGUUUCCUUGGAAACAAACGCCAAACCAGAGGAGGAGAAAAAAGCCCCCGCACGGGGACCAGUGAAGGCUGCAAGCUUCUCAUCUUUCUCUGGAGGCCCCAACAUCUGCCCCAGAUGCAACAAGACAGUGUAUUUUGCUGAGAAGGUGUCAUCUCUCGGGAAGAACUGGCACCGGCCUUGUCUGCGCUGUGAGAGAUGCAAUAAGACUCUGGCACCGGGCAGCCAUGCAGAGCAUGAUGGACAGCCUUACUGCCACAAACCAUGCUAUGCUGUACUGUUUGGACCAAAAGGCGUAAACACCGGAGGUGUCGGCAGCUACAUCUAUGACGAUCCUGAAGCUGAAGCGCAGUCUUGAGCUCUGAAGCUGCUUCCAGCACACAGACAGAGAAACGCCACCAGGACCCUCUGUGUCUCUAUGAUUUGCCUUCAGUGGUCAUUGUGACAAAUGAUAUGUACUACACUCACAGGGAUGGAAACUUAGAUGUUUAUGUUGUAUUUGUAUAUUGUUUAUAUAUCUAUUUUUUGUACUGAAACAGGCCUUUAAUAUGUCCUCCCAUGUGACUUUCAGAUUUGCCUUUGAGUUUCUUGGUUCUCUUUGCCAAAUAGUUAUUAGCCUGUUACUAUAGUGAAUGAAGGCUCCUGUGUUCUUUUCACUCUGGAUUAGUAGAUUUUUGACUUUUGUGCACUUAAAACAUGUACUGUAUGAAAACAAACAAACAAACAAACAAAAAAAAGUACCAGCCCUCCAGUUUAUAGUAAGUGUUUUUGAACAAGUUUGUCUUGGUUCUAUAAAUACAAAUGAUAGCGUAGUGAAGAUACACAUUUUACAAAGGAGUGCAUUUUAAUGAAUGCCAUUAAGGUGAUUUUGAGGGUUGCUGCAAACAAGAAAUGAUCUGCUGUUCUUCACAUUUUAUACAGUAAAAGUGUGUGAUAGCAAACCUGAGUUCAUUGUCACUGUGUUUCUGUUCCCAGCAAACAUGGUAAUUGGGGCCUGUGUGAGUUUCAGAUUUUAUGGAAACCCACACAGCCCACAGUGGGAAGCCAACUGCGGACCCCUGUACUGGCAUGAGAGGCAGGACAGAUGGGCACCAGAGGGGCAACACAUAGUGCGGGCUGCCCACACUAAGCAGAAAGGGGUCCACAGUACUGCUAUGCAGUGUACUCACAGUAUGCCCACGCUCUAGGUCUGGGCUGCCAUACUGGGGACCAUCCUUGGCCUCACAGUGUAAGGCCCACCUGUGCUCCCUGGUACAUUACAACCAGCAAAUGGUAUGAAGUGUGAAAAAAAAACACACUACUUUCUGCUGCUCUCUUAUUGCACCACAUAUUUCAUUUUUACAUGGAUGUCCUUCUUGUCACAAACCCCAAGCAUUUAUAUCUUUUUCCAGUCUCAAAUGGACAUUUGGUUUGUCAGGUCAAUGUUUGAACUACAACGCCAUGGAGGUUUUGAAUCAGUCGCCU